AUGACUCAUUCGCGAGACCUGCAACCUUACGUGAAGAAGCCAAAGCGCCGGAACGGAUUGCUUUGGGAAACGGCUUAUGGGAAGGAAAGAAUUGAGCCUUCUUUGCGAGGUCAACCUCUCUACAAGCAAGCCAUUGUUGUGCCACAAGAAAUGGUCGCCAUAGGAAUAAAUCUCCUGACUUACUCUUGGCUGUCAUUCAGCGAUAUUGUGGGUAUCGAAUUUAUCUGCAAGGGAACAGCUACCCCAAACUCUGUUUUGGGGUCUAGAGUUCCAGGACAACAGGUCAUUCUCAAUACGACACGCUCGUCCCUGAGGGGAUUUGAGUUUGCUUCCAGUUCGGAGGGGAUACACGCAAUUCGCAUUAUUUCGGAGCAUGGCUUAUCAGAAUGGAAGGGCCACUGGGGCCAUCGUGCUGUGAAAACGAAGCGACUGGAGGGAGACGAGGAGAUCCAUGCCCUAAAAGGCUAUUUUCAGGUGGGCGCCUUUUCAAUAAUAUCUGGGACCGUAGCUGAUGAAGUUUGA